AUGGCACCGCCGAGCGCGUACCUGUGCCCGAUCACGCAGGAGGUGAUGGUCGACCCGGUCGUGACGAUGGAUGGCCACUCGUACGAGCGGUCGGCCAUCGUGCGCUGGAUCCGAAGCAGCCAAGAUGCGUCACGGGACGGCGUGGCGACAAGCCCGUUAACCAACCUGCCCCUGCGCUCGACGGUGCUCAUCCCGAACCUUGCGCUCAAGAAGGCCAUUGCCGAGUACAAGAGCGAGCUUGACGAGCGGCCGGCCAAGCGCUACCGGUUCAACGUGAUCAUACCACGGGACUUUGACGUGGAAUCUGUGCCGGAGCUACGCGCGACGCUGCGCCGCUGCCACAAACCGUCGGUGCGCAGCGCCCACUUGCCGCGCGCGCUGGCUGUCCACGAGAUGUUCUUCGUGUCCGAGCGUCGCUAUGCCGUUGGCUCGAACCACGUCUUCUUGCGGCUUGAGGGCAGCGGCGACGAGAGCCUCCGCGGCCUGUACGUCCUCGCGCAGGCCGUGUCGGCUCCGUACACUGCUUUGGUCAUGGAGGCGACGCUCACGCGCGAGCUCGCGGCUUACCCGAGCGCACCGGCCAACACGGCCGUGGCGACGGACCUGCGCGUGCAGGAUCCUGUCACACGCGCCGAGUAUGUGCGCCUCGACAACUGCUCGUUGUGGCUGCCCGUCGCUCGCCUCGCACCGCGCGCUGUGAGCAUGCAGCGCAUCCUCCUUUGUCCAAACACGGCUGUGCCCGUAUACCGCAACAUGUACUCGACGCCGGCAAGUCAAGUGCUCGAGACACUACCGGCUCGUCAAAGCAUAGCGUCUUCCACCCACCUCACGCUCGGCAAUGCAUGUUUUGCCCGCGUGUUAAUCGGUUGCGUCGCCGGCUGGAUCAAGGUCGAUAAAAGCGACGUCAUCCGGCACCGACCCUCGCCGCUUGCCGAGGAGGCUGCGGGGAAGGGCAUACCCGUCGCUCUCCAUCAAGGCGACUAUUUCCUCCUCGCACUCAACGAAGUCCAAGCCCACGGUGGCGUCCGCCAACAAGUCUUCUUCUUCCUCCCGGAUCGAAUGGCGGAAGCGGUCAACGCCUGCAUUCAGGCGGGCCGGCACCUCACGCACGCAGCGCUUGGCCCGGACGGCCAGUGGUACCUCAGCAGCGCCGUCCCCGGCGGCUCGUAUGGCAAGUGCAUCGCAAGCGACGACGUUCCAUAUGAGUUUGAAACCGAGAUGACGCCCGAGUGCCUCGUUGCGUUCGGCAACAAGGGCCGGUUCCUCCUCUUGGACAAGGACAACGCGGCGUACUACUGUGAAGGACUCAACUUUAAGACGGCCGACGUCCUCAACGACGACCCGGACGUCAUCACGCUCGGCUUCAACGGGAGCUCGGGCUUUUUUCUCAAGCACACGAAUGGUGUCGUGAUGCAGAACGUGCCGAGAUGGGUCCGAGACGAUGUGUUGGAAGCUCGGCCGCCGCGCGGCUACGGGUCGCUUCUCUGGCUGUCGCUCUGCCUCGAGGAGUAUGUGGCCAUCUACGAGCACGGGUUCUGCGCGACCAACGACGUGCCGAGGGAGAUGUUUGAUGCGCUCUCUGCGUUUUACAGCCGCCACCACCGAUUGCGCAACGACCGCCGCCAGCUCAUCGAGGAUUACGACGAGCUCAUUGCCUGA